AUGCCGCUCCCUGCUACACAAACCACGUGCUCGAUCUACCAGAGUAGAACAAAAAAAUUUCUUCACCCAAGAAGCAGCGCAAGUCAUCAUGGACGUCGGGCUAUUAAUUAUACGUACGUGCCAGUAUCAGUUUGUUUUCCAGCGAAGGGCGUAGACAUUAGGAAAAAAAGCAAGUGUCUUCUUGAAAAAGCAGAAGGAAAGCAAAACAAGAAGAUACUUCCAUGGAGAAUAAGAAUAUCCUUGUCCAUCGCAUUCGGAAUUACACCCGUGGAGGAAAGCAGGAUAAGAGCUACAUACGUGGAGAAAAUCGACUUGUUGUGUCCAUGAAAAACCUCUGACGCUGACCAGAUGAAUGUGGACAUGGAGCAGUGUCGUGAGGAACCCCCUCCGAAAAAAUGAUGCUGGCAUAGAUAUGGAAACAGGAAGAUAGAAGUGCCCGUUAUUCUUGAAAUCAAUGAUGAAGCGAUUCGCUUCGUUAUUCCGAAGGCAAACUACUUACCCAACUUUUCUUCCUCCUGACCUGCUAUGCGUAUCAAGAAAAAACUGCCCUUUACAUGAAACAGCUGAAGCUGCUGGACGGAGAUAAAGCCAAAGAGCCUACAAAAGUAGGAGCGACAGCUGCGCAGGCACGCUGCUAGAAACUAUGGCUAUUACAACACGUUGAAGAAGCACUAGCUACGUACUUCUGCUUUCUCCGACUUUCUGGCGACCUGACGUCGUCGUAUGCUAGGUAGUAGUACGUUCAACUAGCAGCACGCAGCUUGCGGCGUGAUUAUGUUCUCAAAUUAUCAAAAGAUUUCUGCUAAUAGAGGAGGAGGUUGUCAUGUGCUCAAGGAAAGGAUAGAGGUUGUCAUGUGCUAAGAAACUUGUGCUUCUUAUGCUAUGUUGCCUUAGCCUUCCCGCAUCAUUCUAUAAAGGAGUACAAGCAAGUUGCCGUAGCCAUUUUGGCUCAAGCAAGUUUUCUAUGCUUGUGCAGAGGCGUGUAGAAGAGAACUUGUUUUCCGGUAGUCUCAUGAAAUAAUGGCGUCGUCCCCCUCACUGACAGCGCCGCCGCAGCACGGGCCAACGCAUAGCCCCGUCGUGGAGUUAGAUAGAAGGCUCCGGAUAGAGUAGUAAAUAGAAAGCAACAGUAAGACUAGCGGCUGGAGACACAAGCUCGGUGAUACGCGAGGCGUGCCCGCCAACUCCGGACCCGCAGGGAUACGCCCCUCCCCGCGGGAUAUCGUGGAAAAGAGGCAUAGAUCCCAAACAGCAGACUAGCCGCGGUGUGCCAUGAGGGCCGGCGCGGAUGGGGACCGGAAGGGGGGAGUCGUGCACCAGGCACCGAAAAGGCAUGCUUGCCCGCCGCAACAGGAGUCGGCAUGAUGUCAUGUGUGAGCGGAGGUGCCAACUGCGCUAGGCAGUGGAAGGGCGGAUAGAUACAAAUACUCACUUAGAUUGCACAGGUAGAACUUUGAAAAAGAGACUUCUCAGGCUUGAGAAAUUGCAUAGUGCAUUGAUCCCCUCCGAUGGCCCCGGCACACUGCAGGCACGGGUACGGAAACUGCCGCCCGCGAUCACAGCGCAGGCGCGUGUCGAAGGCAUUUACUUUACUUUACGCGUUUUCCUUUUACCAAAACCAAAACAGAAGACUAGUAACCGGGCCUACAACAUAACGACUAGUAGUAAAUAACACACUCCACCUCCGCGCCCGCCGUGGUCGUGACCUUCGUGCCGUGAUCGAGCGACGCGACAAGGGCCUGCGUUUUUCUUAGGGACGAGGGCGCAGGACAUGUCAGUGAGAGGAACCCGCGGGCUUGUCCUUAUCGAUCUUUUGUCGUUUCCCUGGUUAUUUCUUUGAUUUCACCCAGGCUAUCUUUCUUUGUGCAUCAGCACAGCCAGCUUGCUCGAGAACAACGCCCUUCUUAACGAAGUCGGACGUGGACGCGCCUACACGCGCGACAGAAGGACCUCCGCCGACGACGGGGGAGGGGUAACCGAGGAUCGACGACGGGGGAGCAUUCUGCACAGCGUCGGAUCGGGCGGCGUUUUCAUAAUAUCAUCAUUCUGGAGUACUUCAUGUCGACGGUGGAGGGAUAGGGAGUCCUCCACUGCGGGCUUCAGCCGACAGGUAACUCUGUUGCUUCGCCCUCACAACCAUUCGACAGUAGUGGCUCACUUCUUCUCGUCGAGCAGGCGUGGCGUUGGGCACUCUGGUUACGGGCUUCGGUCUCGACCCUGUUGUCGCUCCAGCGCCACAAAUCCAAACUUUGCGCCCCGAGCUCUCUCGCUGUGGUUUGACACGCAUCACGGUGUAGUAGCUAGUAUGUUGCGUCGUCUCUCCACCGGGAAAUUACGACAUCAAGUGAAGACGUACAGCAGGCAGAUACAACUACCGCGGAUCCAGCGAGCCACUACAUUCAAGCGGCCAGCGACACCAUGGGGGCGUUUGCAGUACAGACUCGGGGACGGGCCUUGAGCGGAGAAAAGGAGAUCUUCAUGGGUCGUGGCACUGAAGUCCUAGGUUUUGUACACCUGGCAGGGCUAUUUGUCCACGAUAUAAAAACCUAUCCCCAGCUCGGCUAGUCGUCUCCAGAACUAUGUCCUAUAGUUAAGCUUAAGACAGAAGUAGCUUAGUAGUUAGAAGCUGACUAUAGAGGUUUCCUCCUCCUCCUCCUUUCUGCUAAUAGAGGAGGAUCAACAGUACUUCUGCGCGUCGGUGUGCUGCUGUAAAAUUUUUGGGAUCGCGAUUUCUAAAAACGCACGCUAUUGCGUGUAGCAGCUGCGAACGAGGGAAGACCUAAAUGAGAACAGAUGGAGCAAGCAAUUCCAUUUCGAAGACGAGCGGCAAAAAUUUAUUGAAAACAAUAUACAAUCAAAUGAUCCCGAACCCGAACGAACAAGAUCUAUGUAUGGGUCUGACAUCAGCAUAGUGCAAUGCUAUCGGUUGAUAUGUUUCUGUAUCAUUCUGUGCCUUACUUCAAGGCGUAUUCUAUCUGUAUUUUUGUAUUGGUAUAGAAAAUCGUGGCCGAGGGGGCCGAACGUGAGAAGUGCCUGCCGGAACUACUUCUUAACUACAUUGAUUGAUCCACCCUAGUAGAAAUAAAUUACAACUUACAAUCUGUAAAUACAGAAAACAAAGGACAAGAACGAUCGCCGUUUGCGUCAUCUAUCAAAAAGUAUCUUCUACUCUUCACAACUUUUUUCAAACCACGUUCGCUGUUUCAGAAUACGAUAUUCAUACUCAAGUAAGUAUUUCAUAAAUAAAAUCGAAGCACACGGUAAAAAUGAAGCAUUGCGCCCUUUCGAUGGCGGGAACAAUUCAUGCCACCCUCCUGCUGCACUCUAGUGGUGUUGGUUUAUACUUUUGUGCGGCCCUUCCUAUCGUGCAGUUGGGGGCCAGUAGCAGCACCACUGCAGGUUUUUAUAGAGGACUCGCAUAGUUAUUAUAG